AUGUCAACAAAACAUGGCAUCACCAAUCAGCAGGCCCAGACAGGGGGGAACAUUUACUCUGAACCUACCAUGAAUGCUACUCGAACUGAUGAACAUAGAGAAAGGAUUGACAGGGCAAGCGGUGAUGAGGAAGGUAAUUGUUCAGAGACAAGAAGCGAUGUAGUUCAGCUUUCAGCAAUGAACCAAGCUAAAUCUUCUGCGCCUGCUGCAGGCAAGGAAUCAGUUAGCAAUUUGACAUCAGCUCAUCCUGAUCCGAACUUCAUUUCCACACAGAACUUUAGAAGUGAAGAUGUAUCUCUAGUGCCAAAUAUUGCAAGGUCCUCCAGCCUUCAGAGAUUAGGUAAGAGAAAGCAAGAUGAUGGCCCAGACUGCAGCCACGGCACAGACUCCUCUAAUUAUAAGAUGCAAAGGAACCAUGACUCACCAUCUAGUGCUUCUGAGCAAAUUUCUAAUGACAAUGCUGCUGUUGCUGAGAAUCAGUCUGCUGAGCAUCAUGCCUUAAGUAGCGUGGAUAGCCAAGGUGGAGUAACUGCAAGUCGUGAAGCCAAUCAGCAAAGUUACAAGGAAGCAAGUGGUAGUGCUCCUCAGAAGCUUGGCAGUCCUGUGAUUACCUAUCAUCAUCCUGACUUUUUUGACUUUGGCAAGAUCAGAGAUGUAAACCUUAUUGCAGUUGAUCAAAUCUGGGCCUUUUAUGAUAACCUUGAUGGCAUGCCAAGAGAUUAUGCUCAGGUAAAGCACAUUGAUACUUCUGACUUAAGAGUUCAGCUGACAUGGCUGGAGUACAAUCCAAGGAAUGAGCAAGAAGCCAAUUGGAAUAAUAAGGAAUUGCCUGUAUCUUGCGGAAGCUUCUGCUUAGGAGGAGAAACAACAACCCUAUUACAAGAUCCAUCCACAUACCUGUCUCACAGAGUUCCAUUGACAAGAGGCAAAAAUGGGAACUCCUAUGAAAUAAAUCCUAAUAAGGGUGAGGUAUGGGCUCUUUAUAAAAGAUGGAGCAUGCAAUGGAUCUCCGAUCCAGAUAACUGUCGAUCCUAUGGACAUGAUGUUGUGGAAGUUAUCUCUGAUGGCUCAACGAGUGGCGAUGUCAUUGUUUCGCCGCUUACGAGGAUUGAAGGCUUUGUUAGUCUGUUUGCACAAGCUAAGGACAAACGCUUCUUUUCGAUACCAUCAAGUGAGCUACUGAGAUUUUCUCACUGUAUCCCCUUUUAUAGAACACAUGAAAAUGAAAGGGUGGGCGUUGCAGAAGAGCUCCUGGAACUGGAUACAGCAGCUCUUCCAAGUGAUCUGGAAACAGCAUUUCCUUCCAUUACUCUCAACUCUUACAUGUCUUCGGAACUCAUUUCUUAUCCAUAUCCAGAAUCUGAAUUCCACAACUUUGAAGAAGACCGGUCAUGUGAGAAGUUUGAAAGUGGCCAAAUUUGGGCUCUCUACAAUGACGCUGAUACAUUCCCGAAAGUGUAUGGCUGGGUGAGCAAAGUUGAGAUACAACCAUUUGAAGUGCAUCUGACCUGGCUCCAGGCCUGCCCUCAACAGGCACAGGAGAAGCUUUGGUUGGGGCAGAAUGUACCUGUGAGCUGUGGCAAGUUUAAAAUACGAAGCUGGAAAGCCAAGUAUGGUGGAAACCACCCCUUCUCUCAUUUGGUAGAAAAUAGCCAAAUCGAUAUGAACUGGCAGGUUAAAAUUCUUCCCAAGGUCGGUGAAGUUUGGGCCAUCUACAAGAACUGGUCACCUGAUUGGGUUCCUUCCAGCAACAAGCACACUACUGAUUAUGCUAUCGGGGAGAUCGUCGAGUGCAGUAAACGAGGCACAUUAUUUUCUUUUCUGACUAAAGUUGAUGGCUAUGUCGCUGUGUUCAAACCUGACCUUACCAAGGGAGUACUGAAAAUACCUAGGAAAGAGAACCUGAGAUUUUCUCACCGAAUUCCAUCAUUCCGUCUCACAAAGGAGGAAGGUGGCAAGCUCCGGGACUUCUACGAGCUCGACCCAGCUUCUGUCCCUGGCGAUUUUCUAUAG